GACACCCUGUACCAGCCUCUACACCUCUCCCUCCCGCCAAAUGAGGGCCACUGCAUUUGUUACCCACGUCGGCCCGUGAAUCAUGCUGGUCGGCCCAUCACGAAAUUAUGCCCCUGCUCGCGCGACCAAAUUACGCUACAUGUAAUUAGGAUAGUCGUCCGGACACGACGGCAAACGAUAAAUAGGAGAUGCGUUCCUUUCGUUUGGACGACACGCGCACAUCAAGUAUCCUCGCUUCAUGAUACAUGUAUCGAAGCCCCUCGACCUAAUAAGUCGGCUCCUUUCCCUGUGCUGGUCAACCUCAACACCGAUCAUCAUACUCCCAAUCCAACAUGCCGCCACCUGCGUCUUCAAUUGUCAAACACGAAGAGGUCGUGCUUGCCUUGGCCAACAUCGUUCUCCCCGAUGCGCGACAGUGGUUAAGUGUUCAGUCUUUCCGCGAUGGUCGGAGCGGUGACGCGGUCGCCUUCGUCCUCGACAAGAGUGCACAGAACGCUGCUGCUCCUUUGAACCGCGCGAUUACCCCUCGGCGAUACCCGAAAGCAAGCCAGCAACACUACCCGGGCUCCGCCUUCUUGAGGUGCUGGCACUGCAGACUCUCUGGGGAUAGCUGCGUCGUACCCAGGGAUAGCACUCGCUGCGACUACUGUCUCGAUAGAGACCUCUGCUGCAACGCGAACCAUCAGGUCCAAUAUUUUACCCAUCCUACUCGCCGCACUGCAAUUCUACAUGCCCUGGUACAGUUCUCAUACGACUGGGAUGCUCGUAAUCGCGGGGUAUGGCCACCGAUGGUCCACGACCCUCGCGUACCGACCCGUCUUUUUGAUCACGCGCGUGCGCCCUUCCUCAACGUCCCCGAACUCGAACGAGAAGUCCUCCAGAACAGCCUCACCACGCUCUGGCACUACACGCCUCCACUGCCAGAACGAGCUUCCAGCGCUGCACCACGGGCCCCCAGGAGCCCAUUGGAAAUCCGCCGCCGACUUGCGACUAGUCUACAACCAGGCCCAUAGGGAGAGAACAACUCCCGGCAAAAGAGUACGUGCGAGUCACGCUUCUCGAUGCUUCUGCUCCUCGUUGUAAAG